AUGUUUUCAGCUCGUCAUACCGAUAAUCCUAAUCCUUUUCGUCCCGCGCUUCAAUAUCUUACCAACACUGCGAACUUGAACCUACCACGAACACGUUCAAGUCGUCGAAGAAGUCAUUCAACUACUAGUUUGGACUCGGAUGGGGAAAACAGUGACAAGAUGUCUCGAAAUGCAACGACCUCGUCUGAACUUCAUCCAUCCAUACCUCUCAUAAAUAUAUCUCGAAGUCCAUCCCCUUAUCGUCCCAGAGCUGGUUCGGGACCUACAUCAGAAAGCGAUGAAGAAUACGAUAGUUGGGGUACAUCAUCUAGGCGACCUUUCCUUUCUGGAGAGGAACCGAAAUAUACAGGCUGGCGAUGGUUACUUUACAGUGGAGGACUAGGCCAAUUUCUUUUCAACACUACAAGAGGCUGGCAGUUCUACAUAGGAGUUCUGGUUCUGUGGCUUGGAGGUUGCGGCAUAGGUCUUACUGUCAUGAAUAGGAUAAUUCUCUGGAGUGGGUACCUUCAAGCAAAUUAUACUUCGCAUACUAAGCUUAUGAUCUUAAUAGCCGGCGUGUAUAAGUUUCCCUGGCCUAUGACCACUACCUUUAUCGAAUUGUUGAUGACACACGGGUUUAUAUGGCUCUCGGCGGUCCUCACGAGAUUGGCGAGUCCAGUGUGUAUCACUGCAGGUGUUUCGAGUGCGGUUGCGCCAAGUACGCCUCUACAGAAUUCGAACUCACCUGGGUUUAGAGGGGAGGGAAAGAAACAAGGGAUAUAUUCGACACUGGGAAGACUGUCAUCUGCAAGCUCGGGUGGUAUAGCUGGUGGUGGGUUCUUCGAAUUCGACAUGGCUGUUGCUCGACAGGUUUUACCCCUAGCCAUCGUUUUCGUGGUGAAAGUAAUCUUGAGUAAUAUCUCUUUUGCAUACGCUCAAUUGCCAAUAUAUGUUCUGGCUAGAAUUGGUAUUGUGCCUUUUUCCCUGCUUUUCACGGCACUUCUUGGACAACAACAGCAUUCUGCAUCCACUAUAUCAUCAGCUUUGAUCGCCACUCUUUUCCUAUUGCUCGGCACGAUGAAAGGGGGCAUUCGUGCUCCUUGGGAAAGUAUCGUUGCCGGAGUCUUUUCAUCCAUUUUUGUCGCGUUAUACCCAGUUCAAAUUCAGCGUACAUAUAAAGCACUCGUCGGUCAACUUAUUCCUCAGGGCGAUCUCAUAGGUGGUUUUACUCCCAGCAACAGCCCUUCCGAUUUCUCUGGUUCUCGCGAAGAAACACGAGCGUAUUGGCGGCUGCUCCACUACACAUCCCUUCUCUCCAUCCUCAUCUUCAUCCCAAUUCUUCUCUUAUCUGGUGAACUGGGGAAUGUCUAUCGUAAUUGUUAUUUCAUGGAUGUAUUCUUUCACUGGUUGAUGGUUCUUUGCGGAGGUACGGGAUCAUGGGCAGUGUUUUGGUGCACAAUUGCAUUGACCAGGGCUACUAGUCCACUAACCACGAGCUUCUUGUUUGUCCCGAGAGCGGCAUUCUUGUUACCUAUCAUGGCGGGCUUCAAGAUGCCAGCUUAUAGUUGGAUUGGAUUUGCCAUGUGUUGGGCUAGUUGUGCUUGGUUUUUGAUGGGUCGCAUGAGAGAGGGUAGAGCAAUUGAAAGAUUGAGGUGA